AUGGCGUCAACAACCCACCGCAGGUUACUCACUGAAUACAAGACCCUCACCAACAACCCACCGGAAGGCAUCACUGCCGGACCCGUCAGCGAGGACGACAUGCUGCACUGGGAGGCUCUCAUCCAGGGACCCGAGGGAACGCCGUUUGAAGGUGGUAUCUUCCCAGCCGAGCUGAAGUUCCCUAAGGAUUACCCUCUCGCGCCGCCAAAGAUGACAUUUCUCGGGGAGAUCUUCCACCCAAAUGUCUACGCCAACGGCGUCGUCUGCAUAUCCAUCCUCCACCCGCCUGGUGACGACCCGAACCGCUACGAACAUGCCUCCGAGCGCUGGAGCCCUAUCCAAUCCGUCGAGAAGAUCCUGUUGUCUGUCAUGAGCAUGCUAGCAGAGCCAAACGAUGAAAGCCCUGCGAAUAUUGAUGCUGCGAAGAUGUGGAGAGAAAACCGGCCCCGGCGCAUAAGGGUCAUUAUGGCCAUAGCUUCGGCAUCGGACAGACUCAUCCGCAUGGUCGCUAGAGGUGACGAUUGUGGGGUUCUGGUUGCGCAGCCUGGACUGCAUGCUCGACAAACGACUCGAGCUGAAUUCGACGUUAAUAUCACCGUCUCUUGCGACGUAAAGAGAUGUCGCAGGGAGUGGAGAUACAAGGCCAGCGCCAACGAUGGCGUCAAGGUGAUCCAUAUCGACAAGGUAUGGUGGGAAGAGUCGAAGAACGCCAAGGUCGGCUUCCGUUAG